CCAUGGUCUUAACACAAGGCCUUCUCUUUCUCAACAAGGAUGACGUGUGCGUACACGACGACUCGUGGUUCUCUGUGGUUGUAUGGCAUAGUUCAUUUCCCAUCUCUACACAGGUGGAUUGAAAUCAGGGUCUAGGCGAUUACGCCCCCACGAUCACCAGCGAUUGAAUUUGCGAUUAUGAGUGCGCGUGUGGCGCAGGAGUGCAGAAGCUGCCUGCCCCGCAGGUCGGGAGCUCUAUCCAAACCAACAGAUUUCCAUCGGUUACACUGGCUCCCAUCCAUCCAGCGUGUAUUUUCAUCGGAAUUCGUCGUGCGCAGAUCGCUCCCACGUUACAGCCUCACCAAGCUGCUAAAUACCAACCAUAACAGCACAGUUCUUGUACAGAAAUGGCAAUUAGAAACCUACGAAAACUCUCAGGUAGAAGCAACCAGCUGCUCUUCUAAGCAAGUCCUUCCUAUCUCUGCGUUGUUCAGUGAAGAUAUUUUGAUGUUUCUCCGGGAGCUUACUGUAGCAUAUGUCGUGAGUACAGGUCAUUACCCCAUUUCAAGGCCCUACUAUUUCUGGAGGUGGUACAAUUAUGUACGUCUGCCCCUCUUGAGCAUGCUAUUCGUUGCAGUAUUACGCGUGGAUACCACGCCAAAGGCGGCGGGCCGAAAAGACAUGCAACUGUGGAGAUCCCCGCACGCCCAAAAGUGUUUCCAACCUUGAGAUGACGACGUACAGAGACACCAGUAGAAUAAGGGGUGCUAGAGACAAUUACAGGUAGUACAAGUAAGAGAUGUUGAACGAAAACGUCUACCUU